AUGUCACCACAAGCCAUUUUUGUCAGGCUGCAUUCUUCUAAAUCCGAUAUGCUCACAUUAGAAUGGAGUUCCGGCAGAUUCGCUCGCUUCUUGCUUACCAAUCGUUCCAUCGUCAUUUCGCCUCUGGCCAGUAUAGCACAACGGUUACCAAAUGUUCUCGGCAGAAAGCCGGCUCUCGUAAAUUUCGUUAGACAUCUUUCGAUAUUCGACACCCUCUGA